AUGUCCGAACAAUCAGAAAUGCAAAUCAACCCCACGCGCGCAAAGCACCUGUCCGAAAAUCUCAGCCAUGUCCUCUCCCAGAUCAAAUCCGCAAACACCUCUGGAAAGAAUGUCCGCUUAAUAGCCGUCUCCAAACUAAAACCCGCAAACGACAUCCUCGCCCUCCACAACUCCCCCUCCUCACACACCCACUUUGGCGAAAACUACUCGCAAGAACUCCUUGAAAAGGCCUCCCUCUUACCUAACACGAUAAACUGGCAUUUCAUCGGCGCCCUACAAACAAAUAAAUGUCGUCCUCUAGCUGAAAGCAUCCCAAACCUCUUCUCCGUCUCCAGCGUCGACAGCACCAAAAAAGCCGACGGCCUCGAAAAAGGGCGAAAGAAGCUUGUCGAAGAAAAUGGAGAGGAGAUCAAAGCCAAAUUGAGGGUAUUGGUUCAAGUAAACACCUCUGGCGAAGAAGAAAAAUCCGGUGUCUCACCUACAGAUGCUGCGAGUCUUUGCGAACACAUCAUGACCUCCUGCCCACACCUCGAGCUCGGUGGCUUGAUGACUAUAGGUGCCAUCGCACGCAGUAAAGCGACGACAAAGGAGACGGAAAAUGAAGACUUUGAGCAGUUGAGAAAGGUGAGGGAUGCGGUGGCUACGCAAUUGGGCAUCGAAGAGGAAAAGCUGGAGCUGAGUAUGGGUAUGUCUUCGGACUUUGAGGCGGCCGUUAAGCAGGGGAGCACCGAAGUCAGAGUAGGUACGACGAUUUUCGGCGAGAGGCCUGCCAGGGGGGACGCGAAGGUCAAGGAGGAUGUUGCCGAGGAGAAGAAGUAG